AUGGCCUCCUCCUACGACCCGAGAGGCCUCGAGAAUGGAAUCGCUCCCAAGGGACCGAACAAGGAGAUCACGCGGCACCACCACCAUGGGCGGACGGCGCACAACAUGUCGUCUUCCUCGCUGCGUAAGAAGUCGGAUCUCUCGCUGGUAUCCAAAGUCCGAUGGAGCUUCCUUAGAGAUUUUUUGGGUAACCUACAAGAAGUCUUCCUGGGUACCAAGCUCUUCAUCCUCUUCCCCACGGUCCCCCUCGCCGUCGCCGCCAACUAUUAUAACUUCGGCAGCGUGAGUUUUUACUUGUUCUCCGUCCAAACAGGUGUAGGCUGGUCGUGUAAUCCGUGUCGGUCUGUUUGUUGAGGAGUGAUAACUAAUAUGGAACUUCCAUACGUGAUAUUUGGGUCCUCCCCUGUUGUUCGGCCGGCUUCUCCUCAUUUUGGGCUCAUGGCAGGCGUGGCUCUUCGCUUUAAGUCUGCUGGGACUCACUCCACUGGCCGAGCGAGUCAGUUUCCUCACCGAGUGAGUACAAUUCUCUCUCUCGAUCUCUCUAUAAAUCUAUCAAUCAAUCUAUCUGUCUCUCUACAUAUCUCUCUCUCACGGCCUGAUGCUCUUCGUGGAUCUUUCUUGAUGGGGUUGAUCUCGUUUGGAUGUUGGGGAUCAUCACAGACAAAUAGCCUACUACACGGGACCGACGGGUACAUAUUUACACGACUCUCGAGCUCUCCUCUGCUCAUUAUCUCCGUCGAAACCGACUCUGACGGGUCAUCUCCACAUUCUUUCAGUGGGAGGUCUCCUGAACGCGACAUGCGGGAACGCGACGGAGUUGAUCAUCGCCCUUUUUGCCCUCAGCAAGGGCAAGAUCGAAGUGGUGAAAUGCUCCCUCGUCGGCUCCAUACUUUCCAACCUCCUCCUCGUCCUAGGCUCCUCCCUCUUCCUCGGCGGCAUCGCCAACCUCUCCGCCAAGGAGCAGCGCUACGACCGGGUAGGUUAUCUAUCGAUUUAUUUGUCUUCUUAGGGCGAUCUUCGUGUUUCGGCUGCCAUCUGAGAAUAUUUACGGUGAUGUGGCGGUUUUUUUGUCUGAACCGUGGCAAAGUUCUGGCGUCGGGGCUCCAUAAUCUGCCGCGAACGGGAGAUUAUGGGCCCCCGGCGCCCUUGGCCGCGAAAAAUGUCCAGGGAGGGCAUCUCCCUCGAGAAUCUUAUACAAUGAACCAGAAACAAGAAUGUCACUAGUAGUUUUCAGCUGCACUGCCAUUCCGUCCCGGGCGAAUCUUGAGAGCCCAUUCUAAGAAGACUUGGCGUGGUCAUGGACCUGCAGAAGCAAGCCGACGUGAGCACAAGCCUGCUGCUACUGGGGGUGCUGUGCCACAUGCUCCCUCUAAUGUUCAAAUACGGCACCAGCGGCGGAGAGCGGACGGUGGAGGCGGGGGUGCCCACGCUGCAGCUAUCAAGAGCGUGUAGCAUCGUCAUGCUCCUCGCCUACGUCGCCUACAUCUUCUUCCAGCUCAAGACCCACCGCCAGUUCUUCGAGGCCCAGGAGGUUCGGGACACGCCAGCCUGCUGCGAGAUUCUUUCAAAAUCCCCGCGGCCCCGGCUGUUCGACUAACCCUCUGAGGCGCUCUCAGGAUGAGGACGAAAAUGGUGUCGAAGCGGUUUCGGAGGAGCAGCCGGCCAUAUGCUUCGGCAGCGCGCUGGCAUGGCUGGUGGGGAUGACGGCAGUGAUUGCCCUACUCUCCGAAUACGUCGUCGGCACCAUCGAGGUACGAUGAUCACUCCAAGGCGGAAGGAAAGAACAACAUCGUGAAUGCAAUCGCCGUUCCCUCGCAACUUUUCCUUCUCGCUCGUUCAUUUUUCUUUCCCCUGUUGUCUGCAUUGGCGCAGGCCGCGGCAGAAUCAUGGAGCAUCUCAGUCAGUUUCAUCAGCAUCAUUCUCCUCCCGAUCGUCGGCAACGCCGCGGAGCACGCGGGGGCCAUCAUCUUCGCCUUCAAGAACAAGCUGGUAACAGAGCAAGAAAACUAGCAUACUCUAUUAACGGUGCGCGUGAUAGUUAAUAUCCGGGAGUUUCCUUUCUUCACGCCUCAAAUGACAGGACAUCACUCUGGGCGUAUCGUUAGGUUCAGCCACUCAGAUUUCCAUGUUCGUGGUAAGUUAUCGAUACCAUCACCGAUCUCUCUCCGGCUUCGAUCAACUGUCCCAGGGAGGAACACGGUGCUAACGUUGUUGUCGUGCGGAACAGGUACCACUGAGUGUGACCGUGGCGUGGAUCAUGGGGACUCCUAUGGACCUCGACUUCCAGAUCCUGGAGACGGGAUCCCUGCUGCUGGCGGUCCUCGUCACCACCUUCAGCCUUCAGGUGAGCAGCGACCGCGGGCUCGCCUCGCAUUUGAUUAUAAAAUAAAUUCGGAGGAUGGUUGUCGUGUGUUGUGUGCUUACCCCGUCUGCCUGAUCCUUGUAGGACGGGACGUCGCACUACCUCAAGGGGCUGGUGCUCUUGCUCUGCUACGUCGUCAUCAGCGCGUGUUUCUUCGUGCUCAAGACUCCCAUGAGUGAGUGUUCGUCUUUACCAUGGUCUCCACUAAAAGCUUUUUUUUACAGAAUAACGUCGCGAUUAAGUUUCGCCAGUUCUCUCUCUCUCUCUCUCUCUCUCCGGAGAUCUAACUCGUGGCGGUGAUGAACGUCCAGCGGAGGGAAACGGCAUCCACCGGCUCGGGCCCUCUCCGAUGUCGAGCGGGGGUUUCGGCGCGUCGGCUUAG